UACAACGUCGGUGGCAAACAAGUGUACCGCAGAAUCACAACCUCUGCGCCUACCUAUCUCCUCCAAGUCAAACACGAGCUGGUGUACCAGCCGCCCUCGAUUCUCAAGGAGAAGUUCCCCAACACCAUUGGCGUGACCGUUCUCCAAGAGGGCGGCCACUUCAUCGCGUUCGAGAUGCCGGAGACGCUGGCGGCUGACGUGCUGAAGGCGAUCAGUGCAUUUAGGAAACUGGACAGGAGCAAGCUGAAGACUGAGUUGUAAAUAAAAAAUUUAUACUUUUGUA